CUGACGGAGUUCACCCCGGUCUCUCCUGCCGACGCAACCAUCGCCACCAUCCCCGCGUCUGCCUCGUCGUUGCCAUCGCCACUCCGCGUCUUCCACGUCGUUGUGUCUUCCCUCUCCGUUUCUCUCCCCUUUCACUUGUUUCUUCGUAGAUGUUGUUGCAUGUUCCGAUCUGGAGGAGAUCGAGACAGAGGGUGCAGAUCAGAGGCGGUUUUCAUUGUCAUCGCCGUCGAGCAGCAACUAGACCUCGGCGGCUCGGCCAGAAGGGGGUAUCACGCUGUCGCCGGGGAAGAGAGGGUUACUUUGCCGGAUGGAACAGUGAAGGAAGGCAAGAGAUGGUCAUCCAGUCCGCUGGACAUUGCAAAGGAGAUUUCCAAGAGUUUGGCAUCUAAUGCGCUGAUCUCUCAAGUUAAUGGAGUAUUGUGGGAUAUGAAGAGGCCAUUGGAAGGCGAUUGCGAGUUGAAAUUGUUUACUUUCGAUAGUGAUGAAGGGCGUGAUACUUUUUGGCACUCUAGCGCUCACAUUCUUGGCGAGUCACUGGAACAAACAUAUGGUUGCAAGCUUUGCAUUGGACCUUGUACCACCAGAGGGGAGGGAUUCUACUAUGAUGCGUUCUAUGGGGAAUUAGGUUUAAAUGAUGAACACUUCAAGCAAAUUGAAGCUGCAGCCUCAAAAGCUGUCAAGGAAGGACAAGAUUUUGAGCGCAUUGAAGUUACCAGGGAUGAGGCCCUUGAGAUUUUCUCUGAUAACAACUUUAAGGUUGAAAUCAUAAAUGACCUGCCUUCAGACAAAACUAUUACAGUGUACAGAUGUGGUCCGCUGGUGGAUCUGUGCCGUGGUCCCCAUAUCCCAAACACAUCCUUUGUAAAGGCAUUUGCAUGCUUGAAGGCUUCUUCUGCCUACUGGAGGGGGAACAAAGACCGUGAAAGUUUGCAGAGGGUCUAUGGAAUAUCAUACCCUGACCAGAAGCGUCUGAAGGAGUAUCUUAAAAACCUGGAAGAAGCAAAGAAGUAUGACCACAGAUUGUUGGGGACAAAGCAGGAACUUUUCUUUUGUCAUCCAUUGAGCCCUGGAAGUUGGUUCUUCCUUCCUCAUGGGACACGGAUUUACAACAAACUAAUGGGGUUCAUAAAAUCUCAGUAUAUCCAGAGGGGUUAUGAGGAGGUCAAAACACCAAAUAUGUAUAACAUGAGACUCUGGGAGACAUCUGGGCAUGCUGCAAAUUACAGGGAUAACAUGUUUCUUCUUAAUAUUGAAAAGCAAGAAUUUGGGCUGAAACCUAUGAAUUGUCCCGGGCAUUGUUUGAUGUUCCAGUAUAGAGUUCGAUCUUACAGAGAACUGCCUAUCCGUAUGGCGGAUUUUGGUGCCCUGCAUCGCAACGAGGCUAGUGGUGCACUCACAGGGUUGACUCGCGUCCGAAGGUUUCAACAGGAUGAUGCUCAUAUCUUCUGCAGAGAGGACCAGAUAAAAGAUGAAGUGAGAGGUGUCCUGGACUUCAUUGAUUAUGCAUAUAAAAUAUUUGGAUUCACUUAUGAGCUGAAGCUAUCUACGAGACCAGAGCAAUUUCUAGGGGAGGUAGAAACAUGGGAUAAAGCUGAGGCUGCUCUGACAGAAGCAUUGAAUGAAUUUGGGAAGGCGUGGCAGAUAAAUGAAGGCGAUGGUGCUUUUUAUGGUCCUAAGAUAGAUAUUAGUGUAUCUGAUGCAUUGAACAGGAAAUUCCAGUGUGCCACAUUACAGCUUGACUUCCAGCUUCCAGAUCGUUUCAAGUUGGAGUUCUCUGCUGAGGAUGAAACCAAGUUAGAAAGGCCAGUUAUGAUACAUAGAGCAAUCCUGGGAUCUGUGGAACGUAUGUUUGCUAUACUAUUGGAGCAUUACAAGGGGAAGUGGCCUUUCUGGCUUAGCCCUCGUCAAGCAAUUGUCUGUCCCGUGUCUGCCAAAUCGGUGGACUACGCAAAACAAGUUAGCUACAGAUUCUCUUCAUAUGCUGUUGUUCAUUCUCAGUUUCUCUCUUGCCCAGACUUCUAUUACAGUGCUUAUUAUAAAUUUCCAAGGGCUAUCUUUUGAAAUUUGCGAUAGUAUACAUGGAGUUUGAUCCUCUGUCCUGUGUUUUUAUCAUCUUGUUAAUCUGUUCUCCAUCGUCCAACCUAAGCUUAGCAGAGAUAAUGACGUAUUCUGGCUUGAAUUACAGGUACGAGAUAGGAUUCAUCAAGCUGGAUAUUAUGCGGAUGCUGAUAUAACAGACAGGAAGAUCCAGAAAAAGGUAAGAGAAGCCCAACUAGCACAGUACAACUACAUAUUAGUUGUCGGCGAAGAGGAAGCCAACACAGGCCAGGUGAGUGUGCGGGUCAGAGACAUUGCAGAUCAUUCGGUGAUGAGCAUAGAGAGCUUGCUCCAACACUUUGCCGACGAAACUGCUGCAUUCCAUUAGCAGCUUGACUCCAAAGACCGGCAAACAUAUGUUGUUAGAGAUUGACUUGCUUCAAAUUAUUGUGCCUUGUUAGGUCAUUUGCCAUUGUAUUGUUUGUCCUGUUUUUGUUAGUUUAGCAACGAACAAGAGGGUUGCUUGGGUGAGUGAAGAAACAAAUGAUACAGGGAAGUUUCUUGAUUGGUUUCAUUUGAGUGCUUUAGUUCUCACUUUUCGCCCUGAUUGUCCACUACUAAUUUGGAGAUUUCAAUAUAUGGAGUAAAAAUUAAAAUUA